AUGUCAAAACGCACCGCAACAGAGACCGACUCGUCAUCACUCACUAAUUCACGAGCGAACAAGAGAGCCCCGAAAGGAGACAAGGGCCGUCAAAAUGCUGCUUCCGAAGACGAAAUGGGCGAGUUUGAAGACGGAUGGGAGGACGAGUUCGAGAGCGACGAAGAGGUUGUAGAUGGCGCGGAGAACGAACAAGAAGACGGCAUGGAUGUAGACCAAGUGCUGCCCGCUAUCGAGGAAUCAGAUGAGAAGCCUGCCGCCCCAAACGUGUUCAUCCCAGGAGUGCAUAAACUCGAGAGCGACGAGAUUCUGGAACCAGACGACACAGUUUACAUCAUGCGACAUUCGAUGAACGUGAACUGGCCGUGUCUCUCAUUCGAUGUCCUGCGGGAUAAUCUGGGCGAUCAGAGGCAGCGAUUUCCCGCCACUGCCUAUAUUGUUGCAGGAACACAAGCAGACACAGCGAAAAACAACGAGAUCUCGGUGUAUAAGAUGAGCUCAUUGCAGCGUACUCAGAGGGACCCAGAUGAUUCGGAUGAGGAUGAUGAAGACGAAGACGAUACCCUAGACGAAGACCCCAUCCUAGAGUUUCGAUCAGUGCCCCAUUUUGGUGGCGUGAAUCGCGUCCGAGCGCAGCCCAUGCCAUCAUCGUCCGCUCUCCCCCCUCCUUCACAGCCAUAUUAUGUCGCGAGCUGGGCAGAGACAGGAAAUGUUCACAUCUGGGAUGUUCGUCCUUUGAUGGAAGCGUUGGACGUUCCAGGGUACUCUUACGACAAAUCGAGAACACACACUCCUGCAUUUACAUUGAGCUCGCAUGGGCGCGCGGAAGGAUUCGCGAUGGACUGGGCUGCGUCUAAUGAGACGAGUUCAUCUGCAUUGCGACUCCUCACGGGCGACAUUCAAUCCAAAAUCUACCUGACUACUACCACACCCUCAGGCUUCAGCGCCCUGUCUCAGCCUUUUACUUCACACACUUCUAGUGUCGAAGACCUGCAGUGGAGUCCCACGGAAGCAACUGUAUUUGCAUCUUGUUCCGCGGAUCAGAGUAUUCAGAUAUGGGACGUGAGGAGCAAGGGUCGGAAGAGUGUUGCGGGAAUUGAGCGGGCGCACGAGAGCGACGUCAACGUUAUCAGCUGGAAUAGGGCAACGACAUACUUGUUGUUGAGCGGGGGGGACGAGGGAGGCAUAAAGGUGUGGGAUCUGCGGAACGUUAAUAGGAAGGGGGCAUCUACCCCCGACCCUACCCCCGUCGCCACCUUCACCUGGCACGGGGCACCCAUCACGUCCAUUGAAUGGCAUCCAACAGAAGAUUCUAUCUUUGCUGCUUCCGGCGCGGACGAUCAAAUCACGCUAUGGGAUCUUGCAGUUGAGCAAGAUGAUGAGGAAACAGGGGCGAUGGAGGAAACACCUGAAGGUGGCCGCGACGUGCCGCCCCAGCUGCUCUUUGUCCACCAGGGGCAAAAGGAUGUCAAAGAGGUACACUGGCAUCCACAAAUACCCGGCACGGUCAUUAGCACGGCAUUAGACGGGUUUAAUGUAUUCAAGACGAUCUCAGUGUAA